GGUCUACGUAUCAAGUACAUAAAUGGCGCAAGAGCCCUCCUUUCAGCUUCACUACGACUCAACCAGACAGUCCCUUAUUUGACUCCACCAACCCUCACACGUCCUGACACUAAGUACUUAGCCUCUAUCCUUCCACCGAACCCUGUAUCUCUGCAAGUAUGACAUCCCAGAGAGAGCAAGUUGUUCACUGGCUCCAAGGAAACGAUUUACUCCUCGGAAACCUACAGCUCCUCAAUCUCAGUGGCAAUAGUGUCGAUAGCGUGAUCUCGCAGCCGUUUUUCGUAGGCACCAACACAUCCAACCCAGGGUCAGAUGGCGUCGAGCUCUUUCGCAAUCCCAAGAACCAUGUCGACGCCACAUCAUCGGUCCUCACCUUUGCGGGAAACCAGACAAAUUUUCACCCGGCAUGGCAGGAUAUGACCACGGCAUCCAGAAACUAUUCUGCCUAUGUCAACAAGAUCGGCAGCUUCCCUGGAUUUAUCCUCACACUCAACGACCAACCCCAGCCGUACCGCUCCAGCUACGACCCUAUGAGGAUGAUUUCUGACAUCAUGAGUGCAUACAGCGGUGUUAUCGAUGUGGACGUCCAACAGGUUAUUAGCUCCAUUAUACGGAUGGCGAACAGCGUUCUUUCUAGCUCAUCCGCUGAUGCAUCCAAGUCGCUGUUCAACCAGAUGGCAGUGCAGAAGGACCCGUCCUCGGACACCGUGAGAAUUAGUAUUUUCUACACUAUACUCCACAUGCGCAAGGAGACAAGCGGCAAGGAUACCUAUGUUUCGCAGGAAUAUACCAUCAACAGAGCCGCCUUCAGGGUCGACGGAUCUGUCUUGGUGGAAAAUGCAGAGGUUCUCGCCCAAAUGGUCUCCAAGACCCCUAUACGUGACUGGCUGAAUGCCAAUAGCUCUCCCACUAACGCUAGCAUCAGAUCUUGCUUUGAGGAGUACUUUAACAAGGAGAUUCCAUAAAUGAAUGCGUGUUCUUUUUUAGUUCCGCAAGUUGAAGAAAGUGGGGAGAAGUAAUACAUCUUCAAUGAGAGGCAGACUAAGCAUUGCACCUGGUCAAACAGCACCAGACAUUUACUCCAGGUCAUGAUGAGUCGUGUCAAAAGCGAGCUGAUAAAGAGAUAGUGAGCCUCCUUGCGUGCUCUGCGGUAUUACCACAACGAUCUCGAAUAAUAUGAAAAGAAGAGCAUAUUGUCCGGGAGAACCGAUCUAUAAUGUCCCUCCUCACCACUCCCAGUCGCCAUCGUUCUCCCGCUCAAGCAAAGAAAAUGAGGUGGAUCCAGAGCAUCCGAGUA